CAGUCAAACCGGAUAUCUCCUUAUCCACUCCCAUUAGAAAAAAAAAAAAAAUCUUGCCAUCCACCUUAUUCAUUAAUGUCACCAAUCCAAACAACCCUUUUAACAUUUUGAUCGUUUUACUCUCCAUUCCUCGUACUAGGCUCUAAAAACCAGCAUCCAUCAAUACAAGAAAUGCAGGCAGCCUUGAGCUUUACACCUUCAGCCCUCUCCAUAGUUUCACCAACCAAAGCCUUGGCUCUGCCAUGGAAGUCCAUGCUAACAAUGCUCACUCCUCGAUGUUCCCCGAUCAAAGCAACACCUGUUCCUCAUGAAAGCUCAACGGUUGAUUAUAGCUCCAUGGCCUCUGUUUUUCCAGCUGAGGCAUGUGAGACAAUUGGAGGAGAAGCUUGCGAUGUGGUUAUGUACCCUGAAGUGAAGCUAAAGCCAGAAGCUGAAAUAAGCAGUAAGGAUAAGACUGCUUCAGAGCAGAUUGACAGAGAAUACUUAGAGUACAACAGUUCCAAGACGGUCUUCUUAGAAGAGGCUUGUGAUGAUCUUGGAGGAGAAUUCUGUGAGCCCAAGUAUCAGACAGGAGUUUACUAAUAACCAGAUAACCUGAAAAAAGGAACUGCAUAUAAAUAAAAGUGUGGAUCACCUUCUCUUUAAUAUUUGUAACUGAAUAAUUAGUGCCUUAUGUGUGUUGUGAACAUGACAUAAUUCUUGAAUAUUGAUCCUGAAUUUGAAGCUAAUUAUGAAAUUAUAUAUA